CGAACACCGCAGAGCGGAUUGUUACGACGGCAAAUCCAAAGGUGCCAAGGUGCGAUGGCGGACCAAGUGACAACGAUGAUGGACGGGCUCCAUGUGGCCCAAGACCCGGCGGCGGCGGACGGCGCGCGGAUCAUCAACUUUAGCAGCAAGUUUGUCGACCAAGCCUUCAACGUGCAGCUCUGGCUUCUGGAGCACGCGUGCUUUGUGUGGAUCGGGUUGACCAGCGACGCAGCCGCGCUUGGCUCGCUCUCGACCGCCAUCAAGACUCCGUACGACCCGUUCCCGCUCGCCGCGAGUCUCCUCGGCGGCCCCGGCGACGAGGCCGAAGCGCAGAUUGCACAGCGCCUCGUGCUCAAGACGAAGAAGCAAGUCUUUGUGAGCUGCAAUCUCCCGGACGACCCCGAACUCGCUGCGUUCGUGGAGCGUGCCAUCUUGGCGCGACUGCGCGACGAAGCGUUCGUGUAAUAACCUUCCCAAUCCCGUCCACUUGGCUCGCCUUGACGGCGUCCGACGCGUGGCAGGCUUCGCAAAGGUCGUAGUCAAAGCACGUCCUAGAGACACCAGCGUUAAACGUGCCAUGCAGCAUGGCGUCCUACGUGCACGAGUAGCGCGGG